CUUGGGGAUGGCAUCAUUGUCGUCGACGAGUCAUUCUCAGACGCACGUAGAACGGACGCGCAUAGCUGGAAUCUCUUCUUUGCGAUAGACUUUCAUUUUCCAAAUCCUCGUUUUCCCGACCAAGGACUCAAAUCCACGCAAUACCUGCAGACCUCUUCGCCCACCAUCAAGUUUGACGACCGUCUCUCCAUAGAGGCUAACUCUGGUACAUUCGAUAACAUCGACAUCAUAUCCGGCGUCUGUUUAUUUAACGGGUAUCUUUUGAAAUCCAGCAUUUGUAACCCAGAAUCUGGCAAAUUCGACGUUGAGAUACUCCGACAAGCCAGACCCACCUUUCACGAAUUGGAAUAUAUAUCUCGUUCCUCGACUGCAAUUGCAGAUAUAGUUGGAGUUCUGGUAUCAACGUCUCAAGUCCAAGGAGUUCAGACUCCAGUCAGCAUCGGCUUAGAUGUUCCCAGCUUCCACUACUACCACUCGGCUAUCACUGCCUUCGACAACGGCAUUUGCACAGCCGAGGAAGCCCUUCAAUGGUGUGAAGCUGUAGAUCUUCGUCACGAUCAAAUUUCACAUGUUUUCACCGCUGCCGUUCACCACCAGCUCCGAAGGCGGGGAAUUGAAGAUUCAAAGUACAGUAUUCGCGUUUCAACUAAAGCAACACAUAUGGCCUUUUCGCUCAAGUCAGCUCUGCGGGAUCGGAAAAUCGCUUCAUUUGACCUUGUUUUAAGGAUACUGGAUACGGAAGACACGGGUUUUUGGAGGAGCUUUUACCAGCUCAUACCCGUCAAAGAAAGGCCAAAGGACCUCAGUGAGCUGGGAUAUCUGUUCUACGUAUUCAUGGUUGUUAAGCUGGCUCUCACGGGCCGCUCAUCUAUUGAAUCAAUAUCCGCUCCUAAGGUACGCGUUGAUUGUUCCAGACAAGCGUCAACGGAGACAUCGAAACCAAGACGCUUGAUUGUCAGCAUAGAUGACCCAGCCGAGCGUCGGAUUUACUCCAAGUCGCAAGAUCUGCUGAGAAUAUUACGACAGUCAUCAGGAAGUCCAACGGACUCCGCACUGGUAGAAGUGUAUAUGUGCAGAAGAUUUUUCGUUAAUGGAAACCGUACAAGAGCUCGUUUGUACCAUCACGACACCAUCCCAGCUCUACCACGACUGUCAUACUUUCCCGAGUGCAGCAUCUGCCAGAAUAAGCAAGUCGAACCACUGGACGUUGUCUGUCAACUCUACGGGGUUGAGUUUGCUAAAAACAUCCAAUCUUGGUUUUCUGAGGCUGGACUUUAA